GAGCACACUUCCAGCUCCGAGUGGGAACCCGUUACUGGGCCGGGGCCCGCCGCAACCCCUCGCACGUCUGGCGUGACGGAUUACUUGGAGUGGGCUACUUCGACGGCCCUGUCGGUGGAUGAGCGGGGAAGCUUUCCAGCCCAAUACAAUUUCAUAGAUUGCUGUGCCGGCAUGGGCACCUCUCUGUUGUGCGCCUCUGCUUUGGGGCUGGCCUGCGCGCGGGUGCUGCCGGCAGGUAGCGGCGCCACGUGCCCUUACGGAGUAGCGGUGGCGGUAACGGAGAAGAGCGACGAGAAGUUGCGCGCUAUCGGGCGGAUGGCGGAUGCCAUGGUCGCCCGACGCGGCUCAAGAGUGCCCCGGACGCUACUGUUCAAGGACACUGCGGACACGGCCACUUCAACGCCCACCACGCGGGAUGGGGAGCUCGUUGCCACACCCGUUGCCGAGCUACUGUUCAUGGGCAUUGUUUGCAAGGACGUGUCCAGGCGGGCCUGGGAGAUCAUUGAUGCUUGCCAGAUGAGGGGGCCCGAGCCCCCGCGCGACCUCUUACGGCGCGUGCCGCCCCCGCAUGCUGCAGAGGCAGAGGCUGCAGGUCGCCGCCGCGCUACUGCGCGCGCUAGCCAGGACGCCACACCCACUCACGCAGAAAAGCUGGAGAAGUGCACGCAGCAGCGGGGGCUGACACACGAGCAACUACUGGAUGGCAAGGCCGAGUUCGACGUCGCGUGCGGAGACUUGUUGGUCCAGCGCGAGCGGGAAGUCUUGCGGCUCCAGCUCUGCCGCUUGAAGAUGGAGGGGCGGGCGCAGGCAUGGACUGAGGCCCCCCUCCUCGCGUGGAACGCCGGCGACCGCAUCGGCCGGAGCGAGCGCCCCAAGCCCGACUGCCCGCGCGUUCGACCCAACAAGAAGUUCAUUGCCAUCCAACGCGGGCCCCUGACCCGCAUUUCUGAUCACCAGCUUCUGGCGUUGCAAGGUGUUGGGCCCACGGAGUUCGAGUGGCUGCGCCCUGGCGCGGAAACAAGUUUGUCAGAUCUCGCCGGGCACGCGCCCACCACGAAUGUGUGCGGCGCAUUCUUGUUGGCGGCCCUGGUCAUGCUCCGCGGGCGCCCCAAG